UAACAUGUGAAUAUGUGACGUUAGUUUAUUUAGUCACAUGUAAAUUAACAUUCCACAAGUUAAACAUCUUUUAUCAUUUAUACAUUUACCACACGUCAUUUCACAUGUGACGUCAGCUUGACAUGUGACGUCAGCUUGACAUGUGAAGAUGUGAAACUGGUGAUUAUGUUGUUUCCACAUGUGAUUUAUGACUUAGAAGAAGAAGAAUAAAAGGUGCAGAAGAGGAGGAGGAAUUAGAAAAGGGAGAGUGUGGAGUAUAGAAGAAGAAGAAGAACGAAAAAAAGACGACACAAAGAUGAUAAAAAGAAGAGUAGAUGAGGAGAAGGAGGAGGUGGAUGAUGAAGGUGGAGGAAGAGGGAGGAGGAUGAGGGGGAAGGACUGAAAGAGAUGGAUGUGGAGGGGAGAAUAGAGAGGGGGCAUCAGAGGGAGGAGGGGGAGACAGACUGAGGAGGAGGAGGAACAGGAAGAAGAGGAGGAAGGAGCAUCAGCAGCAGGACACACACACACACACACACACACACACACACACACACACACACACACACACAGAGGGACGGACUGUCGGCGGAUCACGGAGCCUCCGCCGCCGCAUCUGAGCUGCUGCUGCCGGACACAGAAGCAGCAGACCUGGCCGCAGACACGGAGCCAUGGCCACUGAAGACAGCCGAUCCACGGCCUGCACCGGCUCCAGCCUCCUGCAGCCGGUCAGCGAGAUCACCAACCUGCCGCUGGACCAGGUAAGAAGCAUCGGGACACGAGCCGGAGCUUCGGGGCGGAGACCGGCUGCUGCCCGUCACACACACCGCGCUAAAUGCGACACGCUCGGCCCGAGAGGGCAACAAACCCCGUGUGAUGAGAGCGGGGCAGACAGGCGGUGGAGCGAGCGGUGCAGCGGGCGGAGGUCCAACAUGGAUGGAGGCCUCGAAUCAGACACACAACAGACCGAGACAGCAGCCAUAUACACCGACAGAGGGAGGUGGAGGAGCACCAUCAGUGUGUGAACUUCGUGGUGUGUCAGCUCUGCGCUCUGCUGUCGGCCUUCUGGUUUCGUCUCUUCCUCCACCCCAGUAAAACCAGUCCAGUCAUCAGACACGUGGUGGCCACCCUGCUGGGACUCUACUUCGCUCUCUUCUGCUUCGGCUGGUACGCCCUUCAUUUCCUGGUUCAGAGUGGACUCACCUACGGCAUCAUGAUCCUGACCGGAGUCGAACAUAUGCACAAGUACUGCCUCCUGGUGGCGCUCAGCUAUCUCAGUCUGUGUCAGAUCACUCGAGUCUACGUCUUUGACUACGGCAUGUACUCUGCUGACUUCACAGGCCCCAUGAUGGUGAUCACACAGAAGAUCACCAGCCUGGCGUUUGAAAUCCACGACGGAAUGGCUCGCAAAGAGGAACAUCUGACUCCAGGACAGAAGAUCCUCGCCAUCAGGAGGAUGCCCACUCUGCUGGAGUACUUCAGCUACAACUGUAACUUCAUGGGGAUCCUGGCUGGACCCACCAGCUCCUACAACGACUACAUCGCCUUCAUCGAGGGAGACCCCCGUCGCCAUAGAGACCAGGAGGCUGACAGGAAGUCCAACAGCAGGCUGAGGCAGAGCGAGCCCUCACCAAAUACUGAGGUGGUCCGGAAAGUGGCCACCUCCUUCUUCUGCCUCCUGGUGUUUCUGUCGGUGUGUAAAGUUUUCCCAGUGGAACGAAACAUCGACGAUGAUUUCAUCGCCAACAUGCCCGUCUACGCUCAGGUGGUCUACCUGUACCUGUCCAUGCUGACCACCAGACCCAAGUACUACUUCGUGUGGACACUCGCUGAUGCCAUCAACAAUGCCGCCGGCUUCGGCUUCAAUGGCUACAACGAGGAUGGCUCUCCUCGCUGGGACCUCAUCUCUAACCUGAGGAUCCUCAACAUCGAGUUAGCGACCAGCUUUAAGGUUUUCCUCGACAACUGGAACAUUCAGACGGCUCAUUGGCUCAAAAGAGUGUGUUACGAGCGAUGUCCGUACCACCCGACAGCAGCCACCUUCAUCCUGUCAGCCAUGUGGCACGGAGCUUAUCCUGGAUACUACCUCACCUUCCUCACCGGCAUCGUCAUCACACUGGCUGCUAGAGCGGUCAGACACAAUGUUCGGCCACUUUUCCUGCAGUCACCCACCAACAAACUGGUCUAUGAUGUUAUCACGUGGGCGGCCACUCAGAUCGCCAUCUGCUACACAGUGGUGCCUUUUGUCCUGCUGUCAGUGGGUCCAUCCCUCAAGUUUUACAGGUCCUGGUACUUCAGCCUCCACAUCGGCUGCGUUCUGCUGGCCGUGGCGUUGCCGGUCAAACCAAGACAUCUCCGCCUCAAAGACCAGCAGAAAAACCUGCUCCAGAGGAAAGUCCAGCACCACCUGGAGGAUACAGCCUGCAACUGCAGCCAGAAGGAGAAGGAUACAUGAGACAAAGGACAGAGAACAAUCAUGCACCUCAUCUAAUUUUCAUUUACUUGUAUAGAAGAGAGGACGAGGAGGUGAAGCGUGUCAGACAGACCUUCCUCCGCUCAGGGGACAGAAACAAGACGCUCAUACCACCAAGUUAAAAUACUGUUUUAUUUGGAGUCACAUGAUGACAGCAGGUCCGACUGUCAGAGGCCCAGUGAAGGGUUUCACUCAGAACUUUGUGUUUACAUGAAGAACGAUUGCCGGGACUCAAACUUCAGUAAUUAACAGGAGGAACAUGCUCUGUGUGGAUAAAUCUGCAGUGACAGAGGAUAUAAAUACAUUUAUACUCUGUAGUUGAUGUGGAGCAGCUGCCUGAGCUGUCAUGGCCGCCUGAAGGACCGAACUGACAGUCAGACACCUGCUGACAGAUGAAGGGAGGAUUAAACAACAGGAUGAACAGGGAGAGACUGAACAGAUGAUUAAAUGAGUACAUGGUUGAAUGAAAGCAUGUCAAAGAAAAGUCCAAUAAAUGAGGAGACAGACUGAGAGACUACAUGAGCUGUGCAUCAGUCAGCCAACAGACGCAGACAAUGCUUCAGAUGGUCUUUUCUCCUCCAGACUGUCUGUUGUCAUGUUAUAAUCUAUCAACCACUGCAUCACUGUAUUCAUACAGACAAGUUUGGAGAAAGUGCCAAUGAUUUUUACACUCAGUCGCCUUAGUUGUUGUGUUCUUUAUACGGGAAACGUGUUGAACAGUGAGGAGCGGUAUUUCCUGUGGCGUGAGAGCGGUGACGAGCCCGCAGUGUUUACAUCUGUAGAUGUCACUUUGUGUCAGAUUGUUAUUUAUGUCAUUAUGUGAUUCCAGACUUGUUUGUUGUGAGAUGUGUGGAGAUCCAGUCUGAAGAGAAGAAACGUCACUAAACUUUAAGAAAUGAACACAAACUCUGAAUUUAGAGAUCCAUGAUGUGAACUGAUACCGGACCCACUAUACAGACCAAUCAAACCCAAAAGUCUCACCUGCUCAUUUAUGUUUCAUUUAGAAGCUAACAGGUUAGCUAACCUUGUUAAAACUACAUGCGAAGAUUGGUUUCGGUUCAAUUAAAAUGUUUUCUACCGGUUUGUCCAGCUAAUGCUUUAUUUUCAGGUUAGCUAACAACAUGAUGUAAAAGCUAAAACUGUUAGCUUUGAGUUAGCCACCACUUAAGCAGUUAAGUCAAGUAAGCUAGUUAGUUUAGUAAAAAGUAAUGAAGUACAUGAGUUUAACUGAAAACAGUAUAGAGCAGGUUAGCUAAGAGCACAGUCAGAAGUAAAACAGAUGUACCCAAACAUUUUGGUUUAGUUUAGCUAAUGUGAAUUACAUUUAGCAUGUUGUUGCUGACAUUUUGUUAAAGAGGCUAACCCAAUUGGUUAUGGUUAGCAUAUUAUUUAGUUUAUAUGUAAAACAGUCUGCUUUUGGUGAGCUUACACUUUGAUUUGGAAACUAAAGCAGUUAAGUCAGGUCAGCGUACUCUUUAAUAUAAAAGCUAAAUCAGGUUAAAGUUCUUUAGUGGUCCAGUUUCCUGACAGAGAGAACAACGUAGCAGGUGAGCUAACAGCUGAUGGUUCAAUUCUUCAGCUGAACACUGCAAAAGUUAUUUCCAGAUUAGAGUUGGGGUUUUUGUGUCAUCAGUGAAAACAAUGAAAUGAUUCUGCAGCAGCUCCUGCUGUUUGGGUUCAGAGACUGUUUGGGUCCAGAAACUGUUUGGGUUCAGGUCUUGUGUCUGCGGUCGUCCUCCUUCAGAAAUCAGUCAGCAUACAUUUCUUAGUCUUCUGUGUGUUUUCCUGUUUCCACAUCUGUAAUUUUAGCAUUGUGAUUAUUUGUUGAACUGUUCUGUGACCCGGUUGAGGAUAUUACAGUGCUGAUGAGGUUCUGGCAGUUAUUGAUAUGAUACACAGCAGUUAAUGUUCUCACAGUGAACCAGCCACAGGGCCUGUCUGUAGGUUUGAUAUGGACUAUAUGUUGUUUUUUGUAAAUGAUGUGAUUAAAACUUACAUUUUUUUGACACUAA